CCCGUUCCCAUUAUGGCCCCGUUGCGGAGGAGAGCAGCGGCGGAGCCCAGCCGAGCAGCCGCCCGCCAGGCGGCGGAGCAGCAUUUCCGGGGGGUCCGGAAACGGCCCUGGGGGAAAUACGCCGCCGAGAUUAGAGAUCCCUUCAACCGGUGCCGCCACUGGCUGGGAACAUUUGAUACGGCGGUGGAGGCGGCGCGUGCCUACGACAGGGCGGCGAUCGCCUUCCGCGGCAACAACGCCAUGACCAAUUUCCCACCGUCACCGCCGCCGCCGCCGCCGCCGCCGAUGCCGGAGCUCAAUGACGGCGCGGUUUCUGAAAGCUCCUCUUCUGAUCAGGACCCGAGCUCCGGGAGCGAGGCCGGUAGCGCCGACAGCACUGGGGAGUCCUCGACCCGGCUUGCGGCCAACCAGGCGAUCCGGUCCAUGCCGCAAUCGCCUUUGCAGAGCAACCGGGUCGAGGCACCGACCGGAUUCAUCAAUCUGCCGCCGGUUCACCGGCCGAUGCUCCAUCUCCGCCCCGAGACUUACCAGGAAAUCGCCGACAUAAUGAACCGUCGCCGCGGCUUCGGCAGUGGCGGCGGCGGCGGCGAGCCGGUGGAUUUUAUGCGCAGUGAGAGUGGGACCCAGACCGAAUCUGACGCGACUUCUCCAGCCGUCGAUCAGAAGAAAUCUGAGCCGUCGGUGCCAGCUCUUGGCCGCGUUUGAAGAUUCGGAGUUUGAUGCAAAAUUCGGGAUCCUAAAUAUUUUCCUAUGUUAUUACCAAAAAUGAGACUGCUGCGAUGCUUAAAAUGCUGUAUCAUUUGAUUGUUCAUUUGUACCAUUUCCAGCAGCGCAUGUAGCUAUCAUAUCUAUAUAUUUCACCUUAUUAUAUAUAUAUAUGAAUGAUUCCUUU